UGCUCUUCCGGAGCAGAGUUCACGAAUGUUGACGAUUGUUGAAACGUGAACACAUGUUAACAAAAAAACACACCGGCAUAGCAAUAUACAAUUCAUAGACAGCCAACAUGAGAGAUACGCCGUUAUCAAACUGCGAGCGGGACUUUUUACUCAAAGCUAUUCAAGAAAAAAAGCGCUUGGAUGGGAGACAGACCUAUGACUACAGGAGCAUCAAGAUCUCGUUCGGGACAGAUUAUGGAUGCUGCUUUGUUGACCUGGGGAAGACGAGAAUCAUGGCCCAGGUGUCCUGUGAGCUCAUUACUCCGAAAGAGAACCGACCAAAUGAAGGACUCAUUUUCUUCAACAUUGAGCUGUCUCCCAUGGCUUCUCCAGCAUUUGAGAUGGGCAGGCAGUCAGAGCUGUUGGUGAAGCUGAACAGACAGUUGGAGAGAUGCCUCAGGAACUCCAAGUGUAUAGACACAGAGUCUCUGUGUGUGGUGUCUGGAGAGAAGGUGUGGCAGAUUAGGGUGGACGUCCACUUGCUGAACCACGAUGGUAACCUAAUGGACGCUGCCAGCAUUGCUGCCAUCGCGGCCCUCUGUCACUUCAGACGGCCCGAUGUGGGCAUCCAGGGAGAGGAAGUCACUGUGUACAGUACAGAGGAGAGAGACCCCAUUCCCCUCAGCAUCUACCACAUGCCCAUCUGUGUCAGUUUUGCCUUCUUCCAACAAGGGACCUACCUGUUGGUUGACCCGUGUGAGCGUGAGGAGCGUGUGAUGGACGGCCUGCUGAUGAUAGCCAUGAACAAACACAGAGAGAUCUGCUCCAUCCAGUCUAGUGGAGGCAUCAUGCUGCUCAAAGACCAGGUCCUCAGGUGCAGUAAGAUCGCUAGUGUCAAAGUGUCAGAGAUCACAGAGCUAAUCAACAAAGCCUUGGAGAACGACAAGAAAGCCAGAAAAACUGGGGGUAAGUUUGGCUUCGCAGAGUCGUUGCCCCAGGAGCGAAUCACAGCGCUGAAAACAGACGUGUCACCUGUGGAAAUGAGUGACGUCAAGGAGAAGGCCAAUGAGAUCGUCCAGAGAGCUGAGGUCCCACCCCAAACCGUUCCCUCUCCAGUGUUAACUGCCCCAGGUACAGGCCAGGUGGGGGAGGGGCUAGAGAACUCCUGGGGUCUGAAGGAAGAGGAGGAGGAGGAGGAGGAGGAAGAUGAGACCAUGGAGUUGAAGAUGGAGUUGGAAGAGGGACAUGAGGAGAAGGGGAGAGGUGACGUGGUGGUCAUCUCAGACAGUGACAGCGAGGAGGAGGAUGUUGUCAUCUUGAACCAGCAUUGCCUCACGAGGGCAACGCGCGCAAGUUGGUGGCGAACACCAGGGAGUUCUUCUAGAACGGCAGCAAGUUGGUGGAAGAACACCAGGGAGUUCUUCUAGAACGGCAGCAAGUUGGUGGCAGAACACCAGGCACUUCUUCUAGAACGGCAGCAAGUUGGUGGCAGAACACCAGGGAGUUCUUCUAGAACGGCAGCAAGUUGGUGGCAGAACACCAGGGAGUUCUUCUAGAACGGCAGCAAGUUGGUGGAAGAACACCAGGGAGUUCUUCUAGAACGGCAGCAAGUUGGUGGCAGAACACCAGGGAGUUCUUCUAGAACGGCAGCAAGUUGGUGGCAGAACACCAGGGAGUUCUUCUAGAACGGCAGCAAGUUGGUGGCGAACACCAGGAGUUCUUCUAGAACGGCAGCAAGUUGGUGGCGAACACCAGGGAGUUCUUCUAGAACGGCAGCAAGUUGGUGGCAGAACACCAGGGAGUUCUUCUAGAACGGCAGCAAGUUGGUGGCAGAACACCAGGGAGUUCUUCUAGAACGGCAGCAAGUUGGUGGCAGAACACCAGGGAGUUCUUCUAGAACGGCAGCAAGUUGGUGGCAGAACACCAGGGAGUUCUUCUAGAACGGCAGCAAGUUGGUGGCAGAACACCAGGGAGUUCUUCUAGAACGGCAGCAAGUUGGUGGCAGAACACCAGGGAGUUCUUCUAGAACGGCAGCAAGUUGGUGGCAGAACACCAGGGAGUUCUUCUAGAACGGCAGCAAGUUGGUGGCAGAACACCAGGGAGUUCUUCUAGAACGGCAGCAAGUUGGUGGCAGAACACCAGGGAGUUCUUCUAGAACGGCAGCAAGUUGGUGGCAGAACACCAGGGAGUUCUUCUAGAACGGCAGCCCAAAAAAAUGCCUCUGUUUACAUGUUGCUUAUGAGUGGAUUUGACAGUACAUGUCCAUUAUAAUUGGAUUUUACGGCUUGUACGUAUGUCCUUCUUAAUAUAAAGUUUGUGUCAUCAUCGCAAAUCAACUGCAUUAUACUUUAAAAAAAACAACACUUCAACCAGUAAAAUGUCUCUUUGGAUAGCUUUUGCUACAGCCUAUGUCAAUGAGGGUUAGAAUUCUAGCUGUCAACUGCUGCAUAGAAAAUAGUUUUUUUUGUUUGUUGCAAAGAUCACAACCAAAUAUAAUCUGUUCAAGCAAGAAUCAAAACAUUAUUGUAAACAUAUGAGAAACCCCCAAAAACAUAUUUUUUUGUUUAGAAGAAAUAAAAGCGCAAGUCUUAAGACUGUUGAAUGAGUGCAGAUGGUGAUGAUUUUCUUACUGCAGACGAGAGUCGUGUGCAUCUGUCCGUGACGUCAGUGUGUUGUUGUGUACUGGAAAGGGGUCUAGGCGUUUAAUACAGAUUACACACCAAAUACACACCGUAACAAGUUCCAUAGAAAUGACACCUUCACUUUCAGAUGGAUUUAUUUUUUGGGUUACACCCACAAGCACAUCGUCUCAUUGCUGUUGUAAAUGCAAACCAUUCAAGUUGUAAUGUUGGGUUCUUUAAAAAAAAAACAACAGAACAUCCUUCUGAUCUACUGAGAACCAGAUAUAGUGAUGCUCAUUUCAUGUGUAUAUUAUACAUUAGUCUAAUCAUGAAAACAAUAACCUUUUACAAGUGAAGUUGUGCUUACUUUGAGGAAGAAAUGUACCAGUCUUUGUUCUCUCUCA